ACAGCACCAUUACGAAAACACAAGCGCAUAAAUGUCUCGCCGCGAUAUUUUCUUGAGAAAUGACUUCUACAAAUGACGGAAAAGAAGUGAUAAGUAAUCAAACGAAUAGCCAAAAAGGAAAAUCAUAUUAUAUUGCACUUUACAAGUCGCUGGACUCGCGCCUCUGCGGCGAUUGCACGGGCGUUGCGCGGACGCAAUGUGUUUGCGAGGCCUGGCGGCGUAUUCACAGCCUAUGCAGCCACUGUGCACCAGCAACACACCCCCACUUGCUGUCAUGGCUUCAGCGGCACACUGCUUCUACUGUCCUACAGACGGAAUGGACAAAAUGCGAAGAGCAGCAUGCACUAUUAGCAAAAGCAAUAGAUGCCUUUUUAGAAGACUGCUCCACGGCCAUAUCUAAGCGUAAUGGGGUGGCAAAGUAUUGGGAGCAACAGCUCCAAACUCGUGCUCACUGGUUUAAAUCAAUUUUGCCAAAUCCUUGGGGACAUCCAGUUCUGAAGGCAUUGCUAGAUAGUGAGCAGUCACCAAGUGAUGAACAAAUUCUAGAAUGGCUAAAAGAAGAGCGGGGUGUGAUGUUUGUGACGCGGCUGCGUCAGAUGGCCGCGUUAAAAUCUUGUGUCGAUCUCGCGUUACGUCUUGCAACUGCUGUUAUGCAGCGCACGCGUCUUUGCAUACGACGAAUUCCUGAUAUUGAACAAAUUGAGUCGCAAAAGGAACCUGCAGAGCAAGCUUCUGAAGACUCAUUUGCGGGGAUCCUAAACAAUGAGGCCGGCUUCACACCUGAAAUCUGGGAAUUUAUUACUGAUUUAGAGUUUGUCCUAUUGCACAAAGCCACACAGCGGUCUACUUGUAUUGACUUGGCAAAACAAGUGCCAUUUCGUAACGCUUGCCAGUUGGUGGAGCGGCUUCAAAAUCGUUCGAAUAUUUCACCUACAGAGAAAAAACUAUGGAAGAAUGCCAAAGAAGUAGCGUUGCUUAUUGCACAGGUGGUAAUAACACGUUGUAUGGUUGUACCUACAUGUCGCGGGGCGGUUUUGCUGGCCCUAUACGGAUGUUCGCGCUCUAUAGUACGACUGAUGACAGAAGAUCAGCUAGGCGCAGCAAGCGUCGCUCUAGCAGCACCGGCUGCCACAGCUCACCAUUUACAUACUAUGGCCGCGGCUGUACACAAACAGUUACAAGGUGAAAGGACCCAGUUCACGUGUCAGCUUUACGUUCGCGCCAUCACCGCCGGCAUGAAUGAGCUGGAAAAACUUAAACUUGACAAAAAUAAGUCUGCUGAGGCGAGGUUUACGGAAAAGACUCUCUCAACUUGGUUCAAGAAUCUCGGGACGCUGGUGUCCCAGAGCAGCCGGCUUAAGUAUGAAUGCGUAUUGACCGCGUUCUCAGUACACCCCUCGCCUGGAAUGUAUGAGGAGGUCAAGAAUGCCCCUCAUUUGGAACCUAUCAAGGACCUACAAGAACCAAAUCGUGAGUCCACAUCAGAGUUUGGGAGCUGGGCAACUGACAGUCGGACACAGACCAACUUUGUCAAGACCUCUGAGACCUUAAACAUCAAGAAGACACAGAAACAAGCAAAUGUGCUUUCAACUGCCAUAUUCUCUGAGGGAGAAUCAUUAGGGUUGGGAUCAGAAUUGUGCAACGAUUUGGCAGUGCUACUCUCUGGGCCAAGAGUAAAAACUCUCACUUGGGACAUGGAACGGGAGGCACUUUUAGAUAACUGCAGAACUUACAUGAAGAAGACUGACUUUGGUACCCGGGCGCUGUCAACUGAACUCAAGUAUCUCAACCUUGAUCCACGUUCGUUCCAGCAUCUGCCUGAAGAGGACGAAAAUGAAGAUGAUAUAUAUUACGGCAUCGAAAAAGGCUAUGAGCACUUGGUUGAGUUACAAGAUCCAAUCACCGAUACCAUGCCACCUGAAAUUUGGCAAAAUGUAUUUUAUGAAAGUCCUUCGCAAAGUAGUGACGAUUCUAUUACAAAACGACCAAAAAAGGAAAGAAAAAAGAAGAAAAAAAAGAUUGUGUCUAAUUUAGCUGAAGAUCCUCUUAAACUUGAUAGUCAUAUUGAUGCUAUUACCUGCACGGAGACUCUUGACUUAAAGAUAAGUCAAGAAGAUAAAGACUGCAACGAAGAUACUAAUAAAGAUUAUAAUGAUGUCAAAGUAGAGCCAGAGAUAACAACUAAAAGAGGCAAAAGAAGCGGAAAAAGGGAGAAGAAGUUAAAAGAUACAGAAAAUGAUUUCUCAAAUGACACAAGCAGGCAUGAAUCUAAAAAAGAUAUUGUCAAAAAAACUGCUUUACGAAAAUUUCUGUCCAUGAAGGUAGCUAGCAAAAAUAGUGAUCUCCGAAGACUAAUUGCAAACACAGAAAGAAUGAUGUUUCCAACGCGAACUGCUGAAAGCAGAGAUAAAAUGUUGACUAGUAACACAUCAGAGAAAGCUGAUGUUGUAAGUAAUAUUCCUGAGAAAUCUGAAGUUGUAUUUGAUGGCGUGUAUUCUUUAGACGACAUGAGUUUCCAAGAAACUCAAAACCAAGGAAUAAGGUUGAAGGAAGAAACUAUGAAAACUAACAGAUUGUUAACGCAACCGAUUACCACUGAAGAUACAAAAGCAAAACAAAAUGUAGCGUGUGAGGAUUUGAAAAAUGAUAUUAAAAAACUUCUAAGUUUUAGACGCAAUAACAUAAAAACGAAUGCAGAUCAAAAAGUAUCUAGUAUUAAACCAACAAGUGUAAUAAAGUGUCCAUCUGGACAAAACAUCGGAAAUGUAACGCGCUCGUCUAACGACAAAAUCAAUAACAAUCUUCAAAACUGUAGCAUGCCAAUCUCUAAUGCCCAUACCGUCUCUAAAUUACUCAAUCCGCCUCUUAAAACCAACACAGCGACAAGUAUUUACAAAACACCAGGCCAACAAGCCUAUGAAGAAUUUGUGAAGUCUUAUGAAACAAAUUUACGAAACACAUCUCGGCCAUCACAGUCAUUUUCUUCUACGGGUGAGCGUCAGUUUCAAGAAUUUCUUAAGAGAUACAACACUGAUUAUUCAUCUGCAAGUGAACCUAUGCAAUCCUUAAAAUAUAAUAAUCCAUCGCAUCAUAUUUUUGAAGAGAGUGGUUUAAAAUAUCAAAUAACGGAUAACAUCUCCAACCGUGGUGUAUCUCAAUCUAACACUCCCUCUGCAUCGAGAGACUUACAUUCAACGAUUGUGAAUGAGCCUACGCAAAGACAUUUUCAAGAAUUCUUAAAAGAACUACAAGAUACUAUAAAUCCAGCAACAACAUCGAAACAAAAAUUUGACAUUAAACAAGCUAAUGCAAGUGUUUGUCCCAAAAUUAUCAAGGUGCCUAAAAAGGCAGAAAAUGUACCAAAUACCUUUUCCCGUCUGAGUUAUCUUCAUAAAAGCAAGAAUUUCGAAAGUAAGUUAAAACCUGAAGGAGAGAAUAAGACACAAAUAAUACCUAAUGUCGGUUGUAAUCUAAACUCAAUGUUACCACUUCACCUUCAACAUAAAGGGCAAAUACAAUUAAGUAAAAUUAGGAAAAAAAGCAAUGUAACGGAUUUGAUUCUUCAAGGAAAUGAAAAGGUAACAGAUACAUCAGUACCUCAGAACCACACAAACUUACUUCAGGCAGAUGAUUCGAAUCUUAUUAAAACUGGGUAUAAUGAUAAGAGUUUUCUGAAUGUUACGAAAGCGCAAACAUCAGCCUCUACAAUGUUGUCCGAGAAAGAUCAUACUGAUCUAUUACAGUUACUUAGGCAAAAAAGUAAACUUAAUUGGUCGAAUGCUGUAUUAAAUGCUUUACCGAAAUCUUGCGUUGCCGAUACAGUGGCACAACCAACGUCAUGGGUGAAUACUUCCAAUAUUAGCGCCAUUCAAACAGCCAAAAUGGAAUCGGCUGUAGCACAAAACAAAAAUGUUUACUGUCAAAACAAUUAUACAAAAAAAAUAGGGUCAUUGGUCGUUCAAAACCAGAACGUUCAAAAUUCAGAUCUUUCUGGUGAACCUAGAAAAAAUAAUGUAAUAAUAAAAACACCAUACUCUGCAACAACCACCUAUCAGUCAGUUCAAUUAAAAAACAAUGAACAAGAAAUAUGUAAAUUACCAAAUACGAGUUUGAAUCAUAAUGGUGUUGAAACCAAAUUGAACAAUUUAGGUCAGAAAGCCCAUAAUGCGAAAUCAAACUCAUGUGGUGUAGUUGAUUUAUCUUUAGAGAAACCAAAAACUGAUAACAAGUCAAUCCAAUUAAUGAAAAAUCAGAACAACAAGGCUCUAGAUGUUAAAACAGAUUACGGCUUACUAGUAAAUGCUAAACCUCAACCUUGUGUAAAAGUAAAUUCUGUGCCGAAGAAAAAAUGUACAAGUUCUCGCAAAAGAAGCAAAUCAAACCAAAAUAAAAAAUUCGAUAAACCGGGUACAAGAAGCUGGGAAAGUGUUUUUAAUGAUCUUUUUAAACACAAAACUCCAAAUCGCGGGCCUAAUGCGCUUGAAAUAGCACUUCAGAGAAACAAUGUAGGUAAGGAGAUUAUGCCACAAUUGACACAAAAUAACACAGUUAAAGCAAAUCGACUUAUUGAUUCACACAUUAAUAGUGAUCCUAAUCAAGGAAACCAAGUUAAUAGCAUAGACUUUAGUGCAGAAGUAUGUAACACUUCAAAGGCACAGGAAAAAUUUGAAAAUAAGAACUUUGUAGAAAUACAUCCCGUAGAAAAUGAUCCAUUUAUAUCUGGAAUUCCGAAUUCUGAUUACGAUUUAUUGGAUGAACUUAUGGAUGACGAUUUACGUCAGGAAAUUGGUGAAUUAUCUGACGAUGACACGUAUGGUCCUAAUAGACCUUAUACACAAACGGAGAAAGUUAAUAUUGGAACUUCAGGAAAUUUAAUGCAGAAACAUGCUCCAUCCCAAACAACUCAAUUAAAAUCCGAAACCAUUGGAAAACAAAAGAUAAAUACUUUUAAUAAAUCAAAAAGCGUGACUCAAACGGAGAAAAUUACUGUAGAAGAAAAACCAGUUUCGUCGCAAACAUCUCACUUAAGAACAGAAACAGUUGAAAAACAAAAGAUGUUUACCUUAACUAACCCAAAAGGCGUUACACAAACAGAGAAUGUUAAUAUAGGAAAUUCAACUACUUUAAUAGAAAAUCCCAUUUUAUCACCAACAUCUCAAUUAAAAGCUGAAACGAUUGGAAAACAAAGAAAGAUUCCUUUGAAUAUACCAAAAAGCGUGAUUAUUAAUAGCAAACCAAAGUCAACUACAAACGCACUAAAUAAUCAACCCUGUAUUAUUUCAAAUGACUUGAUUACUACAUCAAAAAUUAACAAAGUUAUAAUUAAAAAAGAACAUACAAAUAACGAAAACUUAACUAACGUUAAUUCGCAGUUAAAGACGGAAUUUAACGAUAGAGUUGUAACACAUACUGAUAAAUGUAAAAAAAUUACUACAUCGACAACGGUGAAAUCAAAUAAACUUACAUCAUUAUCACAUAAAACUACUAGUUCAGCUGAUUUAUCCAAGGCUGAUGCCUUGCAGUUAAAAACUUCGUCAAUGGAGACGCCUCCGCCAAUUUUGUCGACUUCUCACUCUUUAGAUCAACCAACAUAUAAAUCAACAAAAUCUCAUACAAACAGCUUGUUACAAGUUCCAUCACCAGUUCUACAAGCAAAUAAUUUAAAAGAUAUGAUUUGUAAACCAAAUGUAAUUACUGCCACGACUGAGAGUCAUAAUUCAGUACUGAAAAGUUCGGAUUUCCUGUCAAAAACUCUUAAAACACUGCCUAGGAUAGUUACAGCAUCAGUUGAAGUACCAAAAAAAUUGACUAAUCCAAAGAAUACAACCCUAAUCGCCAAAAACACAGUAAUUGUAACGACGACUACUGAAGUCCCAAUAUCACAAGACUUGGCAUCACUAAAAGGAAAUUUCGCACAUCACCAGCCUCCUCCACUUCCAAAACAACCCUAUUCUACAAAUUCCUGUAAGCUUACUUAUCCGACCGUAUUAGGAUCUACUGUCAUCAAACCGGUCAUUCCUAAGGAAUUGAGCGUAGAAACGAGACUUGAAAAAAAAGAGGAUUCGACGGUGAAACAAAAUCAACUACUAUUAAAUAAAAGUGUAAUUGUAUCGCAGGCACAAGCUAAAUCUACAAAUGCGAAUGUUAAAGGCAGCCGAGACAAUCACUGUGGUAAUAUUUCACCAUUAAAUAACUGCUUAAUCAAUACUAGUCCAAAAGACAACUCGAACUUGAUGACUAUUAAGAAAUUGUAUAGACCUAAUGACCAAGAAAUAUGUGAGGUGAACCAAAAAUUAUCCACAACUACAAAGGAAAACUGUGAAACAUCUAAUGUUUGUCACUUUACAAAUCGUUUAAAAUCUCAAAAUGAAAUUGAACGAAUAAUAAGAAAGCGAUUGUUAUUACUGAAUAGACCAAUUGAACAGUUCUCAGCCUUAUCGCCAAUUCCAUUGCCCUACAAAUCGUUGAAUGAUAUAAAAACAGCGGAGACAAAAACACAAGAAAAAGAAAUUAAAAUCCAGGAGUUUGAAACGUCUUUAGAUAAUAAUGCUGUAAGCGAAUUGACAUCUCCGUUUGUUAUAAAAACUGUGGAAGAGGUAAAGAAAGGCGAAACUAAAACACAAAUAUUGAAACCUGAAGUUGCCGAUACUUUUAGUGACGCGAUUACAUCAUUAAUCGAAAAUACAACAGAACAAAAACCAAUAAUUGAAACGUCGACUAUAAAAUCAACUUUAGUUAAAGAUUGUGUGAGUGAUGUAAAAACACCGUGCGUCGAAAAUAAUAAUUAUCCCGAAACAAAAUCAAUCACAGUCAAAGAUACUAUUGGUGACGGUACCAAACAAUUGGAUGGAAAUAACAUAGACAGUUCAGUAACAAGUUUACAAAAAUUGUCUAGUGGAAGUAUAUUUAAGGAUAUUGAUAAUAAAGAAACUACUUUAACAUCUAGAACACCUGUAGAUAGCACGACUUGUUGUAAAGAAAGAGUAUGCAAAAAUGAAAACGAUACAACACUUUCAACGAUAUUAAAACCUUCAAAUAAUUUGGUUUCCAGAGAUGAAGAUUCUAUUAGUUUUGUCGAAUUGCCAAGAAAACCAAAUGAUGAUCCUACAAAGCGUAAAAUUAGAAUAAAAGCUAAUGGAACAACGCUAACAGCUACCAUAUGUGGUCAUUUAGAUGUUAACAUCGAUUCAAUGUUUUCCGAGCCAGACAUAAGAAAUCUUGUGCUUCGAAAUAGCAUUACUAAAACGCCAUGUACAAUUAAUGUUAAGCAGAGAACAAUUACUGAGAAUACAAAAUCAGAAAAGAAAACUAUUGUAAAUACGAUUUUAUAUCCACCUGAUGUUACAUCCGUGAAACCAGAGGUAAUCGAUCUUGUUUCUGAAGAUGAAUCUGAAGAAAUAGAUGAAGUGGUUUUUAAAACUGAAUUUGGUGAUUUUACGUCGAAAUUUAGGGAAAAUGACACAUUUCUAAAACAUCAAACCAAAUUAUCUCAAAAAUGUACAGUUAAUAUUACAAGAUGUGAAUAUUUGGAAAAAGUCAUAGCUGAUAAAUCUUUUGGUCACUCUUUAUCAAAAAUAUCAGAUAAAGGCUAUCAAAGAAACCAAAAUGAUACAGAUGUUUUAGAAAUAAAUGAUAGCUCAAAUGAUUCAAUCAUCGAAAUUAGUAAACCCCGCUCUGAAGAGAGUAUUUUAAAAUCUAACUUAAUUACUGAUUUUGAAGUAUUGAGAAGCUCAAUUAUAAAAGGCCUUAAGAACAAUGAGUUAAUUUUUUUAAAUAAGAAUGAUAUUAUUAACGAAAUCAAUAAAAUUAAUAGUAAACAAUCAAAACACGCUACUUGUAGUCGUAGUAGAAAAAAAUGUAAUGUACGAACACGCAGUAUUAUUAAGACAAAAAAAAUUGAAUUAAAGAAAUGCUUUGUUCGGCUCAUUAGAUGUGAUCAUAAUCACCAAAAUUCGAACUUUGUACAAUCCAAACACGACGAAGUAACAGCCUCAUGUAAAACUGAUUUGUCCAACCCUGUCAAUAGCUGUACCCGAAGUAAAGAAUUACAAGUGCCCUGUGACACAACAAGCAUGUCACAUAAUAAGAUAGAGCAGGAGAGCAUUUUUAAUGAAAAGAGCAUUGGCAAUUAUGAACAAGAAUUGUUAAAUAAGAAAUCAAAUACUAACGGAUCGAAUGAUAACAUUUGUACAGAUUUGAUUGAAACACAAAGUAUUUGUAAUCAUAACAGUUCUCUAACAAUUGACCCUAAUAGUUCUUUUCUGUCUAACAAUUAUAAAAUGGCAUCUAGCCAAAUUGGGAAGACAAUAAGAGAAACAGAUAAACAACAACUUAUUGAUGAAUCAUGUGUCAGUGAUGUCAAAGGUAUUAACCCAAAGUGUUCUUCUGUUGAAUCAUUAUUUACCAAUGAAUUACCUUCUGCUACAUGUGAUUUAAAGUUACUUUUAAAUGUAUCGAGUGCGAAACCUACCCAAAAAGGAGUAACUAAUUUACCAAAGGAGUAUGAGCUAAAAACUAAUGAAACUACACAUUGUUUUAUAAAAGAUUUGGUAGCUGAAAGUAAAGAAGCCCAAAAAGAAAACCCUGAAGUGGAAGCACAACCUAUUAUACUAAAUAAAAAAGAUCAAAUCACUUCUAGUCCUAUAAUUUUUAGUGUUGUAUCAUCCCUAAACGAAGAGAAGUAUCAGAAAGUGGAAAAGGAAAUCACUGAAUCUAAAAAAGUCUGUAAAGACACGCCAAAUACUGUUACUACGUAUGAGAAGGCUUUGAAUUUUGACCUUAGUCUCAAAGAACAAAAUUUUACCAAUACCAUAACGAACCAGGAAUCGCUAAUCGACGUCGAAAAUAGACUAAUACUUAAUGAACCCAACAUAAAAGACGAUAAAAACAUUGAAAUACAUUCAACCAUUAAAGAACAAUUUUUAAGUGACGAGUAUUUGAGCAACAAUGAAGAGCUAAAUAUCAAUUUGAAACAAGAAAGGCUUUCGUUGCACACGGAAUUACCUGUCUAUGAUAUUGAGACGUUAAGUGACAAUAUUUCGACUUCAACGGAGUUAGACAUAGAUGAAAAAGACUAUUUUGUUACACAAGUCCGAUCCAGUGUUGCGCCAAAAAUUUUAGUUGAAGAAAAUCAAUGGUUUCCAUCCAUUUCGGAAUAUCGUAGUCCAUUUUCAGUUAUUAAAGAUCAUACUGUGAAUUUUGAACUGCUGCUUCCGCAGACUGGCUGCUGUGCAGAAUGGUGCAAAACAAAACGAUCUCUUAAUAUACAACACUGUGAUUUUAAUGUCGGUUAUACAAAUAAUUUAAUCAAACACAAGAUAAAUAAUUACAACGGUUUAGUUGCAAGUGAAGAUUUUAAAACUAACUUAAACAAUUCUAGCCAAACCAGCAUUACCGUUUGUGACACAGACUGGUUUCUAACAAAAUCUUUGAUUCAUGAUUAUUCAAAACCUAAUUCAAUGUCACAAAGUUCGAGUACCUCUUACACUGAAAAAGCCUUACAAAAACAAUGUAACAAUACUCCUGUACUUAGUUUGGUAACGAUAAUGACAAAUUACCUUGUCAAUUCCGCCGUUAUUGAUAUUUUGAGCCCAGUUAUACCCAAAUUAUACAAAUGUAACAGAAAAAGAAGAAUGAUUAAUACAGAUUCCACAUCCGAUAAUAUUUUGAAACAUAAAUUAGUAUUAAAGAAAUCAAAACUCAUAAAACCCAUGCAAAAUUGCCCUAUUUUUAAAAGCCGUGAUAUUGGCAAGAUAAACCUGGAACAUGUUAAAUCUAUGUCUGAUACAUCUGUUACUAUAAACUCGAAUAUUAUAGAGAACAAGCAACCUAUAAAAUGUGUUAUAAAUAAUACUCCAAUAUUUGAUAAGCUAAGUAUAGAAGAGUUUAUUCAUAAUGAGAAAAUGAUCUGUUCUAAAUUUGACGCCAGCAAUAGCGAUUAUGCUCACGAAAAUGAUCGUAAUAAGGAAUCACAAAAGAAAUUAAAUAAAAUUGACAAAGCAAAACAAGGGUGCUAUGUUAAAAUGGAAUAUUUACCUCAAAGAAAAGAAAUAUCUUUCAAGUCAAAUAACGAUAGCGGCUUCAACCUUAAAAAAUACAACGAAGUUAAGGUAGAAAAGCCAACGCUUUUAAACUUAAAUGGGAAGUGCGCUAAUGAGCCUUCUGAUUUACCUAAAAAAAAUAUAACUUUAUUAUAUAAACGGGAUGAUUCUGAUCUCAUUUUAGAGGGAUCCGUAUAUAGAGACCCUGUAAUUGGAACGUGUUAUUUAUUCCCCAUACAGCCAUCAAUAAAGAAUGAUAUUUCUGAAAUUAAAUCGAUUGAUAAAGAAAUGAAUGAGAGCAAUUUCAAUGUGUUGAAACCAAAAGUAACAUACAGUAAACAAGGAUUAAUUACAAAUCUAUAUUUAAAGACAAAAAGGAAUCUUAAACGGAAAAAUGACACAUUAGAUUACAAAUAUUCAAGCGUAAAGCGCUACCGAAAGGGAAAAAACAUCAAUGAUCCAAAAACUCAUCCAUCUGCUAUCAACAAUUUUGCCUAUGUUAAGGAGUUUAGGGAAUUAUUCAAAUAUUGGGAAUCUAUAAAAUUUUCAUUCUCACGGCCAUUUCAUAAAGAAAAUUUGAACGUUAAUGAGUUACACAAAUGUUGGCCUGUUCCUUGUGCAUUAAAUUUAUAUACUGAUGCGUCUGAAGAUGAUAAUGCUGUAUUUAUUUAUCACGAUGAACCUCACUCUGAAUAUGACCCUCUGCGCCAAUCAUUAGCAGAAGAAAUAGCUUCUGAAGGUUUUGUAAACGAAUAUAAAUCAAUUGAGAUCAAUGAAACUAAUUUUAGUAUGGGUUUUGGUGAGAGGUCCGACAGAGUCAUUCAACAGUAUGGAGAUCAAAAUACUCUUCAAGAAACUUCGGCUGCGGCUCUGUCGGACGUAAAACCUCAGCCGUUUUCAGGAUCCGAGUAUUCUAAUAUUAAAUUAAUGAAUAGUGUGAAGUUUCAAACACAUGAAGACGAUAUUGAAGUAACUAAUCGUUUUCUUAAUUAUAUAAAACAAAAAAACAAGGUACGAUCAUUUUUUAAACAAACUAAUGUUGAAUUAAAUCUUGAAUGGAUGUCAAGUAACAUCAAAGAAAAUGGCAAAGGGUGCAAGCAAUAUUCUGAUGGUUUAAAUCUCUUAGAGGUUCAUAAUUUUGAUUUUUUCACAGUACCUUCUAUUGAAACCAUUGUGCAAGUUGUUCAAGUUGGACAGUUACCUGUCAGCGCUGCAGCACAAAAUCCAGUUACUUGUGAUCCUCGGGUUACUCAAGUAACUGAUGCGAGUCCGCCUCAGUGUUCAGGUGAAAACAGCCCGCGAGACGGCUCGCAACCAUCUGUGAAAACUGAAUAUACUGAAUUAACUACUGCUGAUUUAAGUAUACCCCUAGUUAAAGAAUAUGAAAGGCAAAAUAAUCAGGCGAUAAGUUUACUUUCUCAAGCCGAAAACAAUAAAUUAACGUUUUCAGACGAAAAUAUACCAAUAGAAAAAGAAGUCAAUUCCAUCGUGAAAAUUGAAAUUGCAGAGGAAAGUUUAGAGAAUGAAGAAGAAAUUGACAAUGAAGAUAGUGAACUCCAAGAGAUAAUUAGCCAACACACUAAUAACAGAGAGUUUUGUUUUACAAACAAUUCCAGUACGGUCACCGAAUCAGAUGUUUUAUCUUUUCAGAAUUUAAAUGACACCGAACCAUUCUUGCAAAAUGAGGAGCGCAAUGAAAAGACUAAUCAAAUUGCACAUGCUAUGUCUGCGGCAGGUAUAACAACAAGCUCUGAACAAUUGCUUAGAAAUGAAUCCCAAGCAAUAGAUAGUGCGAGACGCGAAAAGAUAAAUGAAGAAACAUCGAGCAUUUCUUUGACUUCAAGUACUAAUUACUCUAAAGCAACUUCAAUUAAUGCUAUAUCUUUGCAACAAGCAUUAGCUCAAAUAUUACCUCCUCCAUUGAAUAGAACAAAUACUUCUGAUAAUAGCCAACCAACUUCCAAUCAAGUUCUUCAUUUAGUUCAAGGAAAAAAUUCUAAUUCAGUGAAUCAACUAACAUUAAUGGAUAAUACCCAACAAUCUGUUCUAAAUGCAUCCAAUUCCACACCGGUAUUGCAUUUAGUUCAAAAUAAAGGACAAGCUAAUAGUAAUAAUAACACGGGACAUCCGACGAAUUCAUUUAAUGGCUUACCCUUAGUGGAUAGCAACAAUAUACAACAAGGUAGCAGUCAACUUCUUCACAUUGUGAAUACCAGUGGUCAGAAAACAAAUAACACGGGCCAACUUCUUAAAAGAGUUAACCUUUUGACUAAUUUAGGCAAUGUUCAAAGUGGUAAUGAACAAAAAAUGGUUCAAUUUGUUUGUAAAUCAGCAGAUGGUAAAUCGAUACAGCUAAAUGCGCCUCAUCAAAGAAGUAUGGUUUUACGAAUUCAACCCAUCGAGUCGCCUAAUGUUCAAAAUACAAAGCCAGUAGAAAGCCAUAAUGAUGUAAAUUCGAAUGGAAAUGCAACAAACGUCAAUGAAAAUACAAAUAGCCAACAAGAAAUUAAGUCUAGAUCUGUUUAUGAAGAAAAUUAUGCUAAGUUCAUACAAAACUCCGGCAAAUCAACUGUAACUGAAAAGAGUACAAGUCUACCCAAGUUUAAUCAAGCCUUUGGAAAACAAGUAUUUCAAGAUGAAAACCAAAAAGUAUCUAAUACUGAAAAUCACUCACAUUUGGCUGCAGUUAAUUCUUCUAACGAAGUGCAGGAAUGUCAAAAUGAAAACUCCAUAAGCUUAGACCAGAUAGGGCAUUUAAGUAAUCCACCUUUAUUGCUACGGAAGGCCACCCCCCAAUCGACAACGCAAACGCAAUCAACUCAAAGCUUGGUCACGCAAUUGAAACAAACCAUUACGCCCAUGAACUUACAAACAAUGCACGGUGGUGUAAUUUACACGAGACAAAUCCCUGUAAAUAUCGGAGGUGGACAAACGAUUAACUUAAUUACAGUUCCUAGCACAGAACUUUUAGAUGAUUCUAAUCAAAAACAGCAUAACAAUUCGUCAGAUGUUGAGCCUUCUAUUAUAAAAAUAGUGUCCCAAAAUUCGACUCCGAAUUCCGAAGUGACACCAGAUGAAAGUAGGAAUCAAGCAACUAAUGAUACUUCUAAUCACCAACCCCAGCCUGUUUUAACACAGAUGCGAAUAAAAUUGCCGAUGCUAAGCAAACCAUCACAAAUGGUUUCAGGUGCAAGAGUGGUCCGCCCUUCUUUCUUCCAAAUUCAGCGUAAUGUCAUAGGAGGUGCAAACCAGCCUGUAUAUCAACAAUUAGUUUUAACGGCAGCUCCUCAACUAGGACAGCAAACAAUAAGACUACCUCAAUCUCAAACCAACAGGCUUAUUAAAAUUCCAGCUGAGAAUCAAACCACGUCAGAGUCACAAAUGAGUUCUUCCACCUUGGAACAACUUCGGGAAUUUGAUAUGGUUCUUGAACAAGUUAAAGAAAGAAGUACGGUUCAGCCCAACCAACCGAGUAGUAGUAACGCCUUUAAUAAGGUACACACAUCUUCUACUGAAACAAAAGACACUUCCUCACAUAGUACAUCUUCUACAGAGUCUACCCAUCAAGUUCUUUAUACUAUUGGCAAUAAUUCAUCUUUUAACGUUGCCUACGUUAAUCGCAAAGCUACAGCUAACCCGCCUACCGUGACUACGUAUGUGAGAUCGCCCGAUUCUUCAAAUGCUAACGACUCUCCUUCGUCAUCCACGCCGACUCAAGUAUCACAUACUGUAACUACUGAAUCACAGCAAUCUAAUGAACUAUCGUCAUCGCAGAAUCAACUCAAAGUUUCGAAGAUAAGUUCUAAAUCUAAAUCCAGACCUAAACCUACCCCGAAUCCAUCAAGUUCUGUUAAAAUUAAUACAGUUCCGCCUAAACCUUCAACUCAAAAGCCAUUUGAAGAUGAACAAACGACACAAAGGAUUCUGUAUAUUUUAGCAGAAUACAAAGAGCAAGUUGAAAAUUCACCUGAUAAAGAUAAACCGGCACCGCGACGACGAUCGAAUCCGCCAUCGAACCCCGGUUCUUCAAAGAGGAAGAAAAGUUCAAGUAGUUCUCGUCGUCCAGGUACACGUGACAUGAGUCCUGUUCACGGAGAAGACACAUGUAGAACUAUGGGGUCAGAAGAUAGCAGCUGUGGUACUUCGCAGGGUGACUGUACUGAAAAUUGCCUUGAUAGUCAUUCUCCUCAGGACAGCCCUCGAAAAGUGGUUAGGAAAUUGUCCUUUGAGCCAGAAACUCCUGCAGCGCAGCCGCGUCCCCAACCACAACGUAAUGUCAUAGUAGCCGACGGCCAGACAAUUACUGUUGCACGUAAUAACACCGGUAAACCUACAACAGCAGUGUUAAUGCCAGCAAAUUACAUAUUACCCGUUUCAAUGGUUAAAAGUGGUCAGCAGAUUGCCAUUGUUACCAAUCGUGGACCUAAAAUACUUACUGUCGGUGGAGGAGAGGGGGGUGGAAAUACUGUUUUACUACAACGUCUUAUCGGGCCGGGAUUGAAGCCGGUGUUAACUAGGCCUGGAGUCCGCCACGUACGUUUACCUGCAGCCGCUCUUCAAAAUCUACAAGCCUUUACCCUCGGCUCUACGGCCGGUCAGCAGGCCGACGGCUCCGCUUCGGUAGUACAUCCUAAUCCACCUGAGUUAAUCGACACUAGGGCCACGUCUUCUCCAUGGGCGGAACGAGAAAGCCAAGAUCCAAAACCAGAGAAACAAUCGAGUCCGGGAAGUACAGAACCGUGGAAUCUGGCAUCUCAUGACUACUCGUACGAGGAAAUCGUGAGAUCCGACAACAUGGAUAGAACAGUUCUUGACGCGAUCCCAGACAGAUACAGCCCCGAAAUGGAGGCGCAAAGGAUAUUUGAUAAGAUGUUCGACAUUGACUCCAAAAAGUCUUAUAUUUCUCAAGACGAUUCACCUCGGUGCGGUUACGAUAUCGAUGCGUCCGAUUGCGACGAUAAGCCAUUUCACCAGGUUGUACACAGAAAAGAUGGAACAACUCAACGUCACCAUAGGCUCUCCCACGUGUCAUCGGCUGCCCUGAGACACAGAUAUGCAAUACUGGAGCAUGAAUUGCGAUUGCAGAAAUCCCUCUCUGAAGAAUGUGAGGAUUUGGGCGUGGAUUCUCCUUCAGCCUCGGAGUUGUUCCCUGAAGCUGAGCUGUUAUUUUCUUCCUCACCAGCUCACGAAGCGCCGCACCAUUCACAUACACCUCAACCAUUAAUAAACCAAGUUACGAUACCGCAACCAGACAUCGAUGACCAAAUUGCCACAGACCAGCUGAUUAGUCAAAACGACGUACCCGAUGAAGAGGAUCUCAACAUGGCGCUGGGUCUGGACAAUAUUGUCACCGUGAGUGCAGACGGUACAAUAACUUUGGACCCCCAAGAGUUCGCCAGAUCGCAUCCAAACACAACAUUCCAUAAGGAACCUACAGAUGAAUCCGAGCUACAACCGUUUACGAUAGCCAACGUCAAAGGCCGGCACAUGACAUCAACAAUAUUCCACGCUUCCCGGGCUCCGGCCACAGUUCUAGUGACUGCACCACAAACUACAGUUAUCUCUCAAGCGGCGCCCGACGGUGGAAUUCACAACAACCUUAAAUAUUCUGACACGCCCUCUAAUAGCCAACAGGGCAGCAUACCAUCCGUGCUCGUCAAAGACAACGGCGUCUCGAAGUUCGACUCCAUGUUAAACAGAGAACUACACCUCUCUAACACCGCAUCUACUAUAAUACACUCCGGCGCCACCCAGGUCAUACGCCGAGUCUGCUAUGACGACGAUAAACACGAUCCCAGGUUCUUACAAUCACACGCAUUGAUAGGUGAAGACGCCAAAAUGGCGGAAGACUCUCGAGACGCAACUUUAGAAUCUAUGGCGGACGUUGACGACGAUCGAUCAUCUCCUGAACGAAACGAAAUGUUUUGGGAGUCAAAUUCAACAUCGGAACGCUCAGAGGGACGACGGCCUUUGGACUUUAGCAGUGACAGCGAUAAAUGCUGUAAAAGUCCCUUCGAGGAGACAAAUUCGACGGACUCCAGCGGCAUUGGCACUCAUAUAAUGAGGCUCGACUCCGUUAUAAAGGAUGCAAGGGGCAUAGAGCGCAGUGGCAGCGCCGACGGCUCUUCUGCGGAUGACACUCACCCGCCACUUCGGACCUACCCUCCCAAACGUUACCAUCCUCCGGAGGCUGAAGAGGAGAGGAGUACAUCGGGAAAGACCCGCGCCGGAGAGAGAUCCCCGGACAGUAUGGAAUCCAGACGGCGGGCGUCCAAUAGGGGUGUGGUCAAACGCGGCUGCCAUUGCUGUAACGGCUCUCCGGCGCCUUCCAAACCCAAAAAAUCGCGGCCAAGGAAACCGAACACGGAAUUUACGACUUAACUUGCUAUGCGAGCGAUAAUCCGCGAAGGUUUACCACUAGGGUUAUUUGCCAUUUUAUUAACCCUAGUGGUGAACCUAAUAUUAGUUUAACGGUCUAGACUUAUUAAACACCUUUAGGCGUUCUGACGCCAGACUGAAUGCGAUCUCCGCCGAGGUUAAUAUAAGUGUAAAUGAUAGGUAUUGUUAAAAUUGUUUUGUAUAUAACAAUAAAAGUGGUACUACACUUGAUCUAUGCUGUGUGAUUUAUUUUGUUACGUUAAUUAGUUUAGACGGUUACGUGUUUGGGUCACCUGUCAGUUCAAACAUUUCUUUAUUUCGAGUUAAAAGUGUCUGAUUCUUUGGUUCGUGUAAAUUAUACAUAGUACUGCUAUAGCUGUAUAAAGAUUUAUUUGAUAAGAUUAUUUCAUUUAGUAAGCUUUUCCAUUAGUAUUAAUAACCAUACUCAAUACGUGUAUUUAAAGGUCUUUAGGUGUCUAGAUGUACCGAAUAGCCCUUCUUAAUGCUAGACUGAUGUAGCUUACGGCAAUCGGAUAUAAUUUUUACUAGUUUAAAUCGGUUACUUCCAAAUCAGCACAAAUUUGUUUCUUCGGUGCCAAUUCUGGCUUAAUCCAAGCGUUCUUGAAGGGUGUUUACUGUAUAUUUAAAAUUGUGGUAGAAUAUUAGCAUGAAGUAUCUGUAUGUAAAUAAAACGUCACUGGAAUUUACGGGGACGCUCUAGUCACUAAACAGUUAAAUAUAUUUCUCUAUGAGCAGCGGUCUUCGGUACUUCCGAAUUUCGGCUUUAAGCCAUAUAACUUCAGUAUUUAACCGCGUGUAUAUAACGAUAUAAUGUUGGAGACAUUUUCUGAAGUUUCGUGUAUUCUGUAUAUAAAAUUUAAUACUUAGUGAAAUUAGCGAUAUGGACGCAUCGGUCCAAUAGUAAAUUGUAAUUCAAAUGUUUCUGUGUACUCGGUCGAGUUGGAAUAUUCAUAGUUCGUUAUUUCGAGUAGAUUUAAGAUAGAAUAUUACGCGCCUCUAAGUGUUAGCUCGAUGACAUCUCGUAAGGUUCGGCGCCGGAGGUGCUUUCCAGUGUUUAUUAUUUUUUAUGACUUUUGGAUACAAUUUAUUUCCUUAAAAAAAUAUUCUGACGUACUUCUUGAAGGGUUUGAAUUUUUUAUAUCCCGUAGCGUUGUUAUUGUUUAAUAUUGUAGGUUAGAACCUUCGAUAUUCCUCCAAUAUAGUAUUGCGGAAGAGUUUUUUGUUAUAUUUUUCACUUGGAAGUUUUAUUAGCUGUAAAGGACUUACCGUAUUUUAAGAAGUUGUCUUUAUUUUAUAAUUCACUGGAAAUGUGUUUUGUGAUUAUGUAAAUGUACUUUAAAAAGUGCUACAGAAAAUGAUCAUUAAAACUUAUCUAUUAAAGAUUA